UCGUCCAACAUAACAGUUUGUUGACAGGAUAGGCGCCACGCUGGAUCAAGUUUGCAGAAAUGGCUCUUCUAAUGCGAUUUUGCACCCUAGUGGUGAACGUGUUGUGUCUGCCGCUACACAUCUUAGAUGCCGUCGGCCUCUACCAGAUUUACAAACGCAUCUUCCCGAUUUGUCAGUAUCGUCUUUCUGCACUGUACAACAAGAAAAUGCACGACAAGAAGACGGAGCUGUUUCGCAGUCUCUCGGAGUUCAAAAAGGCUGGCAAACAGCUCACACUUCUAGAGAUUGGCUGCGGCACAGGCACGAAUUUUAAGUAUUAUCCACCAGGCUGCAAAGUGACCUGCGCCGAUCCGAACCCCGCUUUUCAGAAAUAUCUGACGAGCAACAUGUCCGAAAACAAGCAGCUGACGUAUGAGAGGUUUGUGGUGGCGUCGGGGGAGGACAUGGGGUCAGUGGAGGACGAAUCAGUGGACAUUGUUGUCUGCACCCUGGUGCUCUGCUCGGUCAAAGACAUCCCACAAACUCUGCGAGAGAUACACCGCAUACUGAGACCAGGUGGAGCUUUCUUUUUCAUGGAGCAUGUUGCUGCAGACCCCUCCACCUGGACCCGCUUCCUCCAGCAUGUUCUCCAGCCUGCGUGGUACUACUUUGGCGAUGGCUGUCAAGUCAUCCGAGAGACUUGGAAGCAUCUGGAGUCGGCUGGAUUCUCUGAUCUGAAACUCACACAUCUGGAAGCACCGCUUGUAUUCAUUAUCAAACCGCACAUCAUGGGCUAUGCUGUUAAAUAGAUUGGUAUGGUCAGGUCUGGGUAACUCUUUUUAAACGACUGAUCCAUGGUGUUUGAGAUUACACUCAAUCAAUUUGUUAUUUCCAUAUCUUAUAUAUAUAUAUAUAUAUAUAUAUAUAUAUGCCCAGUUAAAGCUGAUUGUGAUUAUCAUGAAACAAAUUUAUUGCAUUGCAUGUUUAUCUCCUCAUUCAGAGAGUUUCAGACUUAAAAAGUGGGCCUGGGCCCUUGCUGAUGUUUUCAUCUAAGCUUUGUGAGUGAUUGUCGCCAUCUUGUGGUUUGGGGUGUAGCUACAAUAACAUUCCUUUUUUUUCAAGGCUUUAAUUUAAACCAGUACAUUUACUAGAGUGAUCAAAGUAGAUAAAUAAAGAAAUGUGAUUCA